UUGCCCUCUCACUUUCAUUCAGCCUUUCAAUUACCGAAGCCUGAUCAAAACAAAAACAAGAGACAUCAUGGUUGAGUGGAGCGAGAACGAGCGUUGUAUCAUCACCAACCUUUUCGCCAACAUGGACUACAAUGAAAUCGGACCCCAGGCUCUCCAAAGGUGUUUGAUUGUCUAUCCCUGGUGUCAGAGGUACUUUGGCUCCUUCGGUAACCUCUACAAUGCCGAGGCCAUCAUGUCCAACCCCAAAGUGGCAGCUCACGGCGUGAGGGUUCUGCACGGGCUGGACAGGGCUGUCAAGAACAUGGACGACAUCAAGGCCACCUAUGCUGAGCUGAGCGUGCUGCACUCUGAGAAACUGCACGUGGAUCCUGACAACUUCAGGCUCCUGGGUAACUGUCUGACUGUUGUAAUGGCUGCCAAGUUGGGAACUGCAUUCAGCCCAGAGAUACAGUGUGCCUGGCAGAAGUUCCUGGCUGUUGUUGUGGCUGCUCUGGGCAAGCAGUACCACUAGAUCAACUCCUCAAGAUUGUGAAACUGUGACAGUCAAUAAAACCAUCUAGAGCAAA